UUUCCAAACUUUGGUUAGAUCUAAAGUACCAAACAAAUUACGCGUGGCUGAUACCAAUAUACAGAGAAAUCUAAUUAAAAAAAUUGACAAAAAACUGUUCCAGUAAGCAUUGACCUACAAGGAAAAAAACAAAAGUAACCAACAUAGUUUAUUUCCUAAUUCUUUCAAUUUGGGGGAGAGGGAGACUGGGUCGUACGUGUUUGGGAGUGAAGAAGGUAAGAGGAAAGAAGGCGGUAGCUUCGGAGGAGAAGUGAGAAGAAGUGCUUCCAUAGCGUGGAUUUCUGAGAGAGAGGGUUGGAAGGGAACUGAGAAGAAGUUUGAGAAUGGAUGAUAAACAUACUCAAAUCCACACCACUCCCCUUGCCUUCGCACUCACCGUCUCUUGCUUCCUCUGCAUCGCUUUGCCACGUUCCCACUCUCAACCAUCGCCGCCAUCGUCACCGCUACUGCCUUGUGCUGAGCCGUUAUACAUGUGCAGAAUAAACGUUUCCGACAUCUUAGAUCCUGUCUGGAAACAGAUUCCUCCCUCUCAGUGUAUUGGCGUCGACUCAUCACCCCAGCUCAGCUGCUCUGCUUCUUAUGGAUCUCAAAAUUUCACACUGAAGAAGGUCGACAACACCACUCACACCAUGACGGUGGUGCCAGCACACACUGUCAACAAUGUUUGUUCUCCUGAUUUUUUUCACAUUUACGACAACUUGAUCAACAGUCUGUUACAACAUUACGAGUCAAUGCGAAACGUCAUCGUAUUCUUCGAUGGUUGUCCUCUCGACAUCCCAAAUUUUCCUUCAGAACGCAAAUUUAAAUGCGGGAAUGCUGUGUACUAUUUUAGGGGGGAGCAUGAGAAGUUCUACAUACACCCAUCGCUUGAGUAUUGCAAGAAAAGUUUGUUGGUGCCCAUUGCCGCUCCUCUCGGUGAUUACGAUCAUAAAGAUGGUGGAGCUGAAGUUCUGAAAGAAGCUUUGAGGGAUGGGUUUGAGGUCUNCUAUAGUCCUCCUCAACACUGUAGAGGAUGCAACCAAAUUAACGGAAAUUGCUGGACCGGUGGUUACGAGGGACAUGAAGUUUCAUGCAACUACUAUUGCCCAAAUCAAUACUGUUCUCCCAAAAGCAAAAGUAGUGGAAAUUGGGACCAAAAGAGGAAAUUCAUUAUUUUAGGUGUUACAGGUUCAGCAAUUGCAGCGGUGUUGAUAUUAUUUUCAAUUCUGUGUGUAAGAUACACGUCAUCAACCUGGCAAGCAAAUUUUGGCUUGGCUUCAAAAAGUAAUCAAAAUAUCGAAGCAUUCCUUAAAAUUCAUGGCCCUCUAGCUCUGAAAAGAUAUAAACUAUCAGAUGUUAAGAAAAUGACCAACAACUUCAAAGUAAAGUUGGGACAAGGUGGUUUUGGUGCAGUGUACAUGGGAAAGUUAUCCAAUGGUAAAGUUGUGGCUGUAAAGAUGUUGAGUGCAACCAAAAAAAAUGGUAAAGAUUUUAUGAAUGAGGUUGCUAGCAUAAGUAGAACUUCUCAUGUUAACGUUGUCUCUCUUCUUGGCUUUUGUUUGAAAGGUCACAAGAGAGCUCUCAUCUAUGAAUUUAUGUCCAAUGGUUCCCUUGACAAAUUCAUUUAUAGAACAAGAGAUGAAACCCUUUCAACCUUGAGUUGGGAUAUUAUAUAUCAAGUUGCAAGGGACAUAGCUCGAGGCUUAGAAUACUUGCAUAAGGGAUGCAACACUCGAAUUUUUCACUUUGACAUAAAACCACAUAACAUUCUUCUGGAUGACAACUUCUGUGCNAAGAUAUCUGAUUUUGGGUUGUCAAAACUGUGUCCUAGGAAUGAAAGUAUCGUUUCCUUGUCAGAUGCUAGAGGAACAAUGGGGUAUGUAGCUCCAGAGAUGUGGAGCAGAAAUCUUGGAAGAGUUUCGCAUAAGUCUGAUGUUUAUAGUUACGGAAUGCUGCUGCUAGAGAUGGUUGGAGGGAGGAAGAACAUCAAUGAUGAAGCAAGUCAUACAAGUGAGAUAUACUUCCCACACUGGGCAUACAAUAAGCUUGAGUUGGACAAUGAUUUGAGACCAGAUAUGGAGAUGACAACAGAAGAAAAUGAGAUUGCAAAGAGGUUGGCGAUGGUGGGUUUAUGGUGUACUCAAACGUUUCCUAAUGACAGACCUACAAUGAGCAGAGUGAUUGAUAUGUUGGAAGGCAGCAUGGAUUCCUUACAAAUCCCUCCCAAACCCUUCCUUUCUUCUCCCACUAGAUCACUGUCGGAAUAUUCCAUCUCCUGAAAUUAAGCACACUGCAUAUUUGAUAAAUUUGCCGACUUAUAUUAUAAAAUGAAUCGCUCUGUAUAAUUGUUAGCUCUUUCCUACUAUGGUUUGGGGUCUACUAUGGUUUUCCUCAAGAUUGCAGAAGAUGCAGCUAAAGUAACGGAAGUUGCAGCAGAGAUGNUGGUAACGAUGAAUACGUAGUUUCAUGCAAAUAUAUAUUAUUGCACACACAAACACUGUUCUCCUCGUAAUAGUAGCAGUACGUCUUCCAUUCCUCUUUCUUUUUUCUUUUUUUUCCAUUUUCCUCUCACNUGAGGAAGUUUUUGUGCUAUAUUGCAAUGUAAUCUAGUGUAGUGCUUGUUUAUGAAAUUAUUGAUAUAUAAUUUUCAGCAUGAAGAUAAAUGAUAUAUCUUGUUUGUUUUUGUUUUUACUUUAUAANCUUGCGAGUGA